AUGCAAAAAGCACUUGGGGUCCUCGGGAUCAACUGCUACCAUGGAGCGAACAUGUACUUUUCCACGCCUGGUGAAUUCAAGCUAUGGAUCCAUUUAAUCGGAGCCAAGUUCUUCGACAAGGAAAAUGACAAGCCACAUUAUCAGCGACAGAAUUGGGAUCGCAUUCUUGGCAGCUAUAACGCCGCGUCUGAUAUUCCCUGCAUCAUGUUCGCAGAGGAGCUGCGCGGAACUUAUCCAGACGCCAAGGUGAUCUUAGUUUCGCGCGACUUGGAGACCUGGAGGGAGAGCUUCACGAGUGUUGUGGGGACUGUAAUGAAUGAUAGAAAAAUCGUAUGGCUAUCAUGGAUUGACCGCUGGCGAUUCGGCCCAUUCAGAGAAAUUGUAAUGUCUUCAGUAAGAGGACUCUUUGGUGGCACCUCAACGGAGCACAUCAGUGAAACUGCGAUAAAAGUAUAUCUGGAACAUUAUGAACUUGUCAGGAGAAUUACGCCGCCCGAGCAACUGCUGGAAUACGAAUUGGGCAGUGGGUGGGAGCCCCUAUGCGAAUUCCUGGGAAAGCCAGUUCCAGACGAGCCAUUUCCACGAAUUAACGAUCGCGAGUCGCUGAAGAAAUCAUUUCACCAAGGGCUGCGUGUCGAGCUUCUGAAAUGGAUGGGGAUUGCCGCUGCAGCUGUUUGUGGAUCGGCGUUGUUGGUCUGGAGAGGAGGCGAUAUAUUUGGUAUGGCUCUCGAACGCGUCCGCUCAUCGGCCCAACAUGGUUCAAAUUUUAGAUUGUUUACCGUCAACUCCGAGCAUAGCUCCCAAGGUAAGAUCAAUGAACUCAGUUGCAUCCCCCAACCUGCCCGGGAGAGCGAAAUCACGUGCAACCACGGACCGUGUGGUGUGAGGUGGCUUCGACCGAAGAGGAUAAGUGGGACUGGGCGUCGGCGAAACCUGUCGCUGCCUCCCGCGCGGAGCAGCCAUCUUCUCUAUUCACCUCCCCUCCAGGAAGCUGAAGGCCAUAGCGCGCAAUCCAUCAAGAUGUCUCUCAUUCAGUUACCUAGUGAAAUAAUCAUCUCAAUCGCCAAACAGCUACGCUGUCGCCAGGACAUCACGUCUUUCAUGCUGACAACUCGACAUUUGUACGAUCUGUUGAGGGACUUGUUGCAAUUAUACGAUAUCCCCGAGGAGCGUCAUGCCUCAAUUCUUUCCUGCGCGGCAAGCGGCGGAAAGGCAUCAAUGGUGUCGAAAAUUAUGGAAGACAUGCUAGCGGCGCGUACUAAGGGUCUCUCGCUCUCAGGACAACCCUAUUAUAGGCCUAUGGACCCCACGACUACGUUCACUGAAGAAGAACUGAUAAUUAUUAGCGAGUAUGCCAUGAUGCGCAGGGGUAAUAUCCUGUGGCGGCUUGGGUACGAAGCGGACGACAUUCUCUUAAUUCAGGAUGCUCUCAACGAUGCAGUGACCCAUGGCCAAAUGGAGGUUGUUCAGCUGCUCAUUGAAUCACAUGCGGAUGUGAACUUUUGCUACGCGAGGUUUACUCCCUUAUAUCUCGCAGUUGCGAAUGACCGCGAGGAACUUGUGGAUAUCCUACUUGUAGGAGGGGCCAAAUGCAGAUUCGUGCGAUGUCCCCGCCUUCCCACCUGCGGCGAUCAUCGGCCCCCACGGGCACUGUUAGCCGGUGACGUCGCUGCCGUACGAGCAGCAGCAAAGGAGCUGAUCGCAGCCAACCACACAGUUCUCGUCAUAGCUCACUCCUAUGGCGGCAUUGUGGCCUCGGAAACCAUCACGCCAGAUCUUUACAUCAACUCCAGCAAAAACAAUUCCGCGGGCAUUUCGUCCAUAAUCUAUCUCUCCGCCUGGCUCGUCCCACCCGGGUCCACGGUGCCGUCCGUGAUCGAAAAGUACGGGUUUCAGUGCAAGGUCAACCUAGGCAUCAACGAUGACGGAACCGUUCUCGCGAAGAACGCACCGGACUCGUUCUACAAUGACAUUGAUGCGGAGAAAGCAAGGAGCUUAGCAAAAGACAAAGUGACGCAUAACUACGGUGCUGCGACGGGAGCAAUGACGCAUGCUCCGUGGAAGGAUAUUCCCUGUAUGUAUGUGCAUUGCUUGAAGGAUCUGGCGAUCAUGAUGGGGUUGCAGAAGAGUAUGGUUAAAGAUGCGUUGGAGGGUGGAGGACGGCUGGUAACGAAGGAUAUGCAUCCAGGGCAUUGUCCCUUUCUCAGUCAGGCAGACGAACUGAUUGGUCUUGUUGUGAGUGUUGCAGAGAGUACCGCAUGA